AUGGCGGCCGCCGACGGCGACGACUCGCUGUACCCCAUUGCGGUGUUGAUAGACGAGCUUCGCAACGAGGAUGUUCAGCUUCGUCUCAACAGCAUCAAGAAACUGUCCACCAUCGCUUUGGCCCUGGGUGUGGAAAGGACCCGCAGCGAGCUCCUGCCCUUCCUGACAGAUACCAUCUACGAUGAGGAUGAGGUGCUCUUGGCCCUGGCGGAACAGCUGGGAACCUUCACCACACUGGUGGGAGGCCCCGAGUACGUGCACUGCCUGCUGCCACCCCUGGAGUCGCUGGCCACAGUGGAGGAGACGGUGGUGCGGGAUAAGGCGGUGGAGUCCUUGCGGGCCAUCUCGCAUGAACACUCACCCUCGGACCUCGAGGCCCACUUCGUGCCACUGGUGAAGCGGUUGGCGGGCGGCGACUGGUUCACCUCCCGCACCUCGGCUUGUGGCCUCUUCUCUGUCUGCUACCCCCGCGUGUCCAGCGCCGUCAAGGCAGAACUUCGGCAGUACUUCCGGAACCUGUGCUCAGAUGACACCCCCAUGGUGCGGCGGGCCGCAGCCUCCAAGCUGGGGGAGUUCGCCAAGGUGCUGGAGCUGGACAAUGUCAAGAGUGAGAUCAUCCCCAUGUUCUCCAACCUGGCCUCUGACGAGCAGGACUCGGUGCGGCUGUUGGCAGUGGAGGCAUGUGUGAACAUCGCCCAGCUACUGCCCCAGGAGGAUCUGGAGGCCCUGGUGAUGCCUACCCUGCGCCAGGCUGCUGAGGACAAGUCCUGGCGCGUCCGAUACAUGGUGGCCGACAAGUUCACAGAGCUCCAGAAAGCAGUGGGGCCUGAGAUCACCAAGACAGACCUGGUGCCCGCCUUCCAGAACCUGAUGAAAGACUGUGAGGCCGAGGUGAGGGCCGCAGCCUCCCACAAGGUCAAAGAAUUCUGUGAAAAUCUCUCUGCUGACUGUCGGGAGAAUGUGAUCAUGACCCAGAUCUUACCCUGCAUCAAGGAGCUGGUGUCAGAUGCCAACCAACACGUUAAAUCGGCCCUGGCUUCAGUCAUCAUGGGCCUCUCCCCGAUCCUGGGCAAAGACAACACCAUUGAGCACCUCUUGCCCCUCUUCCUGGCUCAGCUGAAGGAUGAGUGCCCGGAGGUGCGGCUGAAUAUCAUCUCCAACCUGGACUGCGUGAAUGAGGUGAUCGGCAUCCGACAGCUGUCCCAGUCCCUGCUGCCGGCCAUUGUGGAGCUGGCUGAAGAUGCCAAGUGGCGAGUGCGGCUGGCCAUCAUUGAGUACAUGCCCCUGCUGGCCGGACAGCUGGGGGUGGAGUUCUUUGAUGAGAAGCUCAACUCCUUGUGCAUGGCCUGGCUUGUGGAUCAUGUCUAUGCCAUCCGUGAGGCGGCCACCAGCAACCUGAAGAAGCUGGUCGAGAAAUUUGGGAAGGAGUGGGCCCAUGCCACUAUAAUCCCCAAAGUCUUAGCCAUGUCUGGGGACCCCAACUACCUGCACCGCAUGACAACACUCUUCUGCAUCAAUGUGCUGUCUGAGGUCUGUGGGCAGGACAUCACCACCAAGCACAUGCUGCCUACAGUCCUGCGUAUGGCUGGGGACCCUGUCGCCAAUGUCCGCUUCAACGUGGCCAAGUCCCUACAGAAGAUAGGGCCUAUCUUGGACAACAGCACACUGCAGAGCGAAGUCAAGCCCAUCCUAGAGAAGCUGACCCAGGACCAGGACGUGGAUGUCAAAUACUUUGCCCAGGAAGCUCUGACUGGUCACCCGAAUUCUAACUGAUGCAGGGGCCAAAGAGCCCCGGAGAGAGGAGCAGGAGACUUAGUGGAUGGUGGUACGUGUAAGGUUUCACAAAGGACGUGAUACUGAGUACAGUUUUGCUCAGCAGGGUGGAGGGGAAAUUGGUACUGGGCGGCAAGGUGAUUUAACCAGCUCAGCCAUCAUGUUACUGAGCUCCUAUUGAUUGUUAUGCCCAACUGAGUCCUGGGGGAUGAGGGUGAAGGAGAUCCUAUUCCUCCCAGUAUUGGCUUAUGUUCAUUUCAUAAGAGAAGGACCUGUGGUUUAAGUUCUGUCCCCCACCCUGCACACAACACAAAUGGACCGUACUUUCCUAGGAUACAGAUAUUUGAAGGACUCACUGAGUGAAGAAUUGAUGAGGUUGGGGGGUGGGGCAGUAUGGUCACUUUCAGCUUGAUGAGUGUUGAAGUUCAUUUGACAGUCUACCACUAAUUGGCUGAAAGAACAUUGAGUUAAUGACCCAUUGUGUUUCACUUACAUUUUACUGUAUAACAACUCACCCCCCAAAAUUAGUGAUUAUAACAAUGAAAAUAUUAUUCCUCGUAAUUCUGCAGUCUGGGCUCAGCUCAGUUGGAAGAUUCCUCUGCUUCAUACGGUAUCUACUGGUGCUGGAACAUUCAAGAUGACUUCUUUACCCCCAUGUCUGGGGUUACCACCUCAGCUGAGGCCUGGUACAGCAUCUCUCACUGUGGCCUCUCCAGUGUGGCUGGAUCUCUUUAUCUGAUAGCUUAUGGUUCCAAAGCAGUUUCGAGCAGCACAAGGCCCAGUUUAUGAGAGCUUGCAUCACAAGCUGAAACAAGUCACGUGGCUCACUGGGGAAUGCCAGUGUGACGGUCAGCCACACAUGGUCCAGAGAGAAACUUUGGGUUCCAUCUUAGCUCUGCAACAGACAGGUGGAGCAUCAACAGGUUACGGAAUUGAGGCUGAUUACAGUGUAUAGAGCAUUUGGAGCAAGCUGAAGAUACAAACUUUAUCCUAAAGCCAGAGCAGCCACAGGGGUUUUUGGUAAAGGACUGACAGUAUCAGAAUUGAAGGGGGAGACAUGAGGCCAGGAGACCUGGGAGGAUACAGUCUAAGCAAAAGAGGAAUUUUGAGCUGGAGGCAGGUACCGUGGAGUUGGGGAGGUUGUAGGUAAAAAGGGGAAACAAAGCUUCCCAAGAAGACAGAUUGGGACUGGGUGACACCUGGAUAGGGGAGUAAAGGGAAGGAUGCAGUCAUCUUGGCAGCCAGGAUUCAAGUCUUCUGAGACUCAUCACCUGCUUCUCCCUGGGAAAGGAGGGUUCCUGUAAACCCGCAUGUGCUUCAACAUCUCCAGCCUUUCACAUGUAACAUGAACAUCUACCUGGAAAGCUUUCUCUCCUCACUUCUUGGGAAACCAAAGUAAUUCAGUAUGGAGAGUGAGGAAAGAGGCAGAGUGGCAUAGGUAAGCAUGGAAAAGUAUGUAGGGGCCAGAUCUUGAAGAGCCUCCAAAUACCUCGAAAGGAUUGAAUGUGACCCUGAGGGACAGGAUCAAGUAAGACUUGGUGGUGGGGAAUAGGGAUGGAGAUUCUUCCAGGGUCAGACAAGGUCAGGGAGGAGCUGGGAUGGGGAGGAGGCUGGGAUGAUGGUCUUAGGGGGCAAGGGCAGCACCUCAGCUGGGUCUGGGGCUGAGGAGAAUAGGCAGAGAGAUUGAGGAGGUGGACUUGAGGCCACUUCUGUUUUUCAAACCCAUGGGAAGUUAAAAAAGAAGCAGCUGGAAGGAAGGCCCUGUUGCUCUCCUAUUCUCAGAUUGAUCAAAACAUGAAGUCUUAACACGUGCCUUGUUAUCAGCCCUCCUACCUCGAGGAAAUCCCCACUGUAGCCACUCCCUUUAGUUCUUCCCUGUCCAAACUUUUUCAGAUGAGAACACAGACCCACAGUGUUUUGGGUGUCUGAUGCAUGCUCUUAUGGGCUUACCAGAUCAGAACUCAACAGUCUGAGUCUUCUCUUCCAGAAGAA